AUCGUUAGGAACCUUGCAUGUUUGUUGCACACCCAAGUUCUACUCUGUCAAUUGCUUUUAAAUUAGGAAAAUUGGUAUUGGAAUUUCAGUUUUCUUCCUGGAUUAAGAUGGAACUGACCCUAACCCUUCAAUCUUACCCUCAACAGGAGUUCCGUAGGAUGUCAUUCUCAGGUUACUUGCUGAAAGGAGAGCAGGACAAUUUCCACUACAUUUCUCGGAGUAGACUCCACCCACAGAGGAUCCAGGCUUAACACUGAGGGGGCGGGACAGGCCACCCAACCCAAAAAUCACUGUACUGAUGUGGACGACAGUGCCAGGGCUCCGUCCAAUCAUGGUGCACCAGGAAGCAGACCUGACCACGAAACAGAGGUGGAGAGGGUGAAGCUAGACAGUGAGGUGCAGGGAGAAGAGAAGAAGCCUGCUGUUGGGGAUGUUAGUGAUUCUGGUAGUGAUUCUGGUAGUGACCUUGCCCAGGACCCCUGCAACCCUCCAGCCAAAUCUACCCGGGAUGACUCAAAGGAGGGCCCCAGACCUCUGUUGAGCUCAGCCGGUGCAACCUCCACAGCCGUGGGGGAUGGACCUCGGGAGAGUUCUGUUGGUGUCUCCACCGGCCAACCCCGACUGAGCUCUGUGGGCAGAGCAGGAGAGGUGAUAGGACCUCAGCUGAGCUCUGUAGGCUCCUCCUUCACGGCCAUGGGGGAUCAAGGCCAACCCAGCACCCCUCACCUCAAGCCCAGCACCGACCGCUCCUCAGAAAACACCAAGACCCCAUCCGCAGUCAGCCUGGCCGAGUCGGUGCAGUCCACCACCCACAGUAGUGGCAAGCUGAGGCCCAGCAGAGUACAGAGUGUGGACUCCAGUCAAGGCAGCCUGCACUCUGACAUACUGGGUAAGAGAUGGACAUUAUAGUGAUCAUAUAGUGAGUAUGAUCGUGUUGCUCAUAACGAGGAUAAUGAUGAUCAUGGUGUUUAUCACAAUGAUGAUAACGACGGUGUUGACGAUCAUGAUGAUGAUGAUGCUGCUAUUGAAAGCUAAUAAAACAUUUUCAGCCGUAUAUUGAGUGUGAGAGCCCCACCAUUGAAGAACAGGAGUCCCAGUCCCCCCUGGUGCCUGACUUCUGGCUCAUCGUUAAGAUCCACCAGGACAAAGCAGAGGUGUACUCCCACUCCAGGAGUUUCAACGAAGGGAAGGAGGACGGAGUAGGGGAGGAGGAGGAGGUGCCAGAGUACUUACAGUUGCAUCAGAUGGUGGUGAGGAAGAUUGGGGAGAUCUUCCGUAUAGUCAAUCAGCGUCUGCUACUCCAGGACCUCAAUGACAGCCACGUGUGUAACUCUCUUCUGGUGGCAGAGAGUGAAGAGGAUAUCUGGAAGAACGAGUCCCUGUACAGACAGAGACUGGCCAACUCUGAUGAUUACAAUGUUGAGGAGAACUACCAGCCGCGGGACUACCUUGCUGCCACCAUGCAGUUCAUCCCAGGUCACUUUGCCUGUGAGGUGGUGUGGAGCACCGUCAUCCACAUCCACCCUCGCCUCAAAGUGGGACCCAACGUAGGUGUGUUCAGGGCUAUCCAGGCUCUGCGGUCAGUGCUCAACGCCUUGUGUGUGGUCAACAGGAAGAGCAUGUUUGUCUAUCAGGAGCGCACUACCAAAUCAGUCUUCUACCUCAGACUUUGUGAGACAUCUCAAACAGGGAAGUACUGUGACCUGGAUGGCAGCCUACAGCCCAUGUCUCGCCCGGAGCCAGGAGCCCCUCUUCUCUGAGGAGUUCACGGGCUCCCGGUCAUCUCUGGAAGGUGUCCGUCCAGUGGGACAGGUGGACAAACACAUCCUGUUGCUGGUGCAUGGAGUGGGAAGUGCUGGUAAGACAGGGAUUUGGAGAGCAAGGGGAAGAGAGGGGCUCAUGGGGAUCGGGGAGCAUUGGGACAGAAUUCUGCAGUGUAUGGAUUGUGAGCAGAGGUAGCAUAAUGAGAGAUGGGCUGAGCCUGCAGUUAAAAACCUCUGUGCACCUCUGUGUCACCUCUCAGUGCAUUCCCACUCUGAGAUAAAUGUGCCCACACUACUGUCCUCAUGGCUAACUUAAGAGUAACAGAUGAAAUCGCUGAUUCAUUGUGGGUGUCAAAUAGUGUGAACAUUCUGUACUCUGUGCUGCAGUACCUCUAACACCCUUCUAGAUGGCACUGUUGAUCUUGCUCCAUUUAACUCUGCCCAGGCUUCAUCUAUGAUGUCAGCUGUUUCUCUCCGAAAGUCUUUCUGAGCUUCAACAACAAGUGACUUAUUAAAAUAUUCCCAAGUUUUUUUUUCUUCUCCCCGACAACUGUUCAUACAGCUCAACUUCCUUUGUUUACAGAGGGUUUAAGUUUUCUUUAAGUGUGUGUAUGUGUUUCAAUACAAUGUUUGUUUUCAAUUCAAUGUUUGUUUCUAAGGCUCAAACACCUCACUGAGCAUUGAUUUGCAUAAAUAUAUCAGAGAGAGAGAGAGACACCACUAGGGUUGCACAUUUUGGGGAAUAUUCAGAGGUGUAAACUUUCCGUGGGACUAUAUGGGAAUUAAAGGAAAUAUAUGCAAAUUAAUAUUAAUACCAUUUAAAUGUAGAUGUUUUUUGCAUUGGAUAUAUAUUACCAUAUCAU